UUUGGCAGAGCUGUCGUGACUGACGGAGAUGGAGCUCUCAAUUCCAUGUUGCUCCGCUCUCAAGAUUGCCCCCUUAUCCAAUUCUGGCUGCAGACUCAAGAUUCCCGCUUCCACCGCUGCCCCUUCCUACCUCCACUUCUCCAACGCCUCUCUCAAAUUCCCCUCCGCCGCAAUCCGCCGCCGCCGCCAUUUCAUCUUGGCCUGCUCUAAAGUUGAUGCAGCGGGAACUGGUCCACAGCUGAAUAAAGUCCUCCAACUCAGGGAUGCAUUUUGGAGAUUUCUGAGACCCCAUACGAUACGUGGAACUACCUUAGGAUCUUUUUCUUUAGUAACCAGAGCUUUGAUCGAGAACCCAAAUCUGAUAAGGUGGUCAUUAUUGCUGAAAGCAUUAUCCGGCCUUCUAGCACUCAUUUGCGGAAAUGGUUAUAUAGUCGGCAUAAAUCAGAUAUAUGAUGUUGGUAUUGACAAGGUGAACAAACCUUACUUGCCUAUAGCUGCAGGAGAUCUCUCAGAACAGUCUGCGUGGAUAUUAGUGUUAUUUCUUGCUGCUGCUGGUGUUGCAUUAGUUGGGCUCAACUUUGGUCCUUUCAUUACUAAACUUUAUUGUUUUGGUCUUUUCCUUGGAACCAUAUAUUCUGUGCCCCCACUUCGGAUGAAGAGAUUUCCUGUUGUGGCAUUUCUUAUAAUAGCUACGGUUCGAGGAUUCCUCCUAAAUUACGGUGUCUACUAUGCCACAAGAGCUGCCCUUGGUCUGACAUUUGAAUGGAGCUAUCCAGUUGCCUUCAUCACCUCAUUCGUAACAUUAUUUGCUCUUGUUAUUGCCAUAACUAAAGAUCUUCCAGACGUUGAAGGUGAUCGCAAGUUUCAGAUUGAUACUUUGGCAACAAAGCUUGGUGUGAGAAAUAUUGCUUUGCUUGGAUCUGGGCUCCUGUUGAUAAAUUACAUUGGUUCUGUAGCAGCAGCAGUUUACUUGCCUCAGGCCUUCAAGAGAAGCUUGAUGAUACCUACACAUGUUACGUUGGCCUUAUGUUUACUUUUCCAGGCUUGGGUACUGGAAAGGGCAAACUACACAAAGGAAGCUAUCUCUAAUUUUUACCGGUUCAUAUGGAAUCUGUUUUAUGCGGAGUACGCUUUAUUUCCUUUUAUCUAGCCAGAGAAGUUGCAAUUCUAUGAGACAGAGCAGAGCAUCCAUCCGGUGGGAAUAUGCAAUGUUGUUUGUAGAAGAGAGGAAGCUGUUUCGUUUGCAGCAUUAUGUAUGUAUGUUGUUCGGCCACACCAUGCACCUUUUUAACUGUAUAUAAGUUGAGAUUUGAUUGGUAAAAAACAGGUGACAAAUAUAUGUAGAUUGUUCUCAUCUAUUUAAUAUACAUAAAACAUGAAUCAAAAAUCUUGAUUUCA